AUGCUUUUACGCUCACUUUUCCCGAUCAAAAUCGAUAAAUCCAACCACCCGGGUACAAUAAACUCAUCAACGUCGAACGUGAAGGUGCAUUUGGAUAUUGGCUGGAUUCACCCACGCAAACACGAGUUCUACGACUACAAGAAGAAUCGACAAUGGUCCGAUUUUAUUGGCUUGGAAGAUUUUGGCCCGCUCGAUCCGAGCACCGAUUACAUCAAGGAGGUGACCUUGCAAAGACCUUGCAAAAGUCGUGAUCAAGAA